GGACACCUGAGGGCCCCCUGUCAGGGAAACAGACCUGGGGCAGAGCUUGUGUUAUGAGUCUGUAAGGACAGAACCUAGAUGAGUCCAUUGAAGGACAAAUCUGGGACAAGUCCAGGAGAAGCGGCACUAGCAGACAUGUGUGCAGUGAUGAUAAGAGUGACCUACAGGCAGACAGGAGUGUUAAUCUGGAGUGUGAUGUAGGAAGAAGUGAAGUGAGACUGAAGAAUAGUAUAAAAAGUGAGACAAAGGGACCAGAAGCCAUUCUCAAGAUGAUCUGCUAGAGACUCUGUCAGAGAGGCGCCAGAGAAGCUCUACAGCAUCGAGAAUCAAUCAAUCAAUCGAUCAACGAGACAUUGGACCAGAGACAUUGGACCAGAGAUCUUCCAAGAACCAGAGAACUUGCUCUUGCCAGCAGAUCAAGACUUGCUGAUCCAGAGGUCUACGUCGAGAGCCACGAACCAUCAUCAGGUUCACUGUCCGAACACGUCUGUUCCAGAAAGAGUCCACCAAUUCCUGAAUCUCAGAUUGGUCAACCGGUACAAAGCAGACGACGUUAUAAGACAAAGACACAGGCAAGACAAAAAGACAAAGAGCACUCUUAACCGGUAGAUGCUAAUGAACCUCCGGACUCUUGGAGGUCCCCGUGGGUUCCCUGGGGUUCCCAACAAAUGCACCAAAUGUUGUGCCCAGAUUAUGACCCCAAGAGAGAGACCACCAGAAACCAGAGAAGUCCAAACUGCAAUAACAAGUUUGUAAACAAGUUAUUGUAAGCAAGCAUAAUACAAGGUAGCUCGGAACUAUCUCCAACACCAAUCGCAGCGAGGUCUACUGGAAAAAGAAGCUCGGAGAAGGAGAAUUAUUCUGAACCAGAAUCAAAAGAACACUCUUCUUGCAUGGUUUGAAAAGAAUCCUAAUCCAGAUUUAGCUACAAGGGGGCAUCUGGCUAAAGAACUGGGCAUCUCAGAGUCUCAAAUUAUGACUUGGUUUCAGAAGAACAGAAAAAUACAGAAACAAGUGGAGUUUGAAUGUUACUUUGAAGAAAGUCAAGCCCCAAAACAGGAUAAACCUAAAGUUAAAGAAGCUCGGAGGAGCCGGACACAUUUCUCAAGAUUUCAGACUGAUAUUCUAAUUGAAGCUUUCGAGAAGAAUCGAUUCCCUGGGAUUGCUACCAGGGAAAAACUGGCUCAACGAACAGGCAUCCCGGAAUCCAGAAUUCAUAUAUGGUUUCAGAACCGGAGAGCUCGGCAUCCAGGUCGCAAACAGGCAACUGCUCAGCUUUCCCAGAACAGCCAGUGCCCUGCCCUGAAGACUACUGAUCAACCUGCUCCUUCCAAAACUCUCUCCAGCCGCUUGUCAGUUACAACAGCUCUUUCUCCACCCCACACACCAUCUGGUCCUUUGAAUCUCUCCAGGGGCCAUCAGAAGCAGUUGUCAAGGACCACAGUACUACAGCCCUCCCAGGUGGUACAGGGAAGGGGUGAUGGUCAAAAUUCCUCAGUGUUUAUUGGCCACUUAUCACCGGUAGUAACUCCAGGAGAGGAGGGCUUCCACACUCAGGCUCCUUUUUGCCUCCAAAUCCAAGAAAGACUGCAAGAUCCCGGUGAGAGCAGUGGCUCGGCUGUACCACCCUUAGACAGGUCUACUCGGGCUCCAGCUGUCAAUCAACACUUUCGGGAACUGGACCAGAAACACUUUACCUUUCUGCAACACUGGGAUGAAUGGCUCCGGUCGAUGCUGGCUGAAUGGAUACCUGACGAAAAAUACUGGUCUCCUGGUGAAUCUGAGCUCCAUCCACAACAGGUGCAGCUUCAGCAGCCUGCCAGUAUAUCUCAUCAAGUGGACACAACUCCACAGCAAUAGGUUUAAGCCUCAAGCCUUUUCUGUUAAUCCCCACUGCACACCAGUUUUCAGGAAAAGACCUCAUCUUUCCACAUCCCGGCUCCAUUGUGUUUUGCUUGGAGAGCUUCUCAGAUAGUUUCAGAUUCUCUUUCACAGCGUGAAGUUCAUCAGUGACUCAGAUUCAGGAAACUGUCAAGAUCCUAAUCCAGGACAUCUGUCCUUGGGUUUGAAAUCAGUGGAUAUAGUAAAGAAUAAAUAUACCGAAUUAUGGAA